AUGGAAUUCAACAGUUCAGACCUCAUCAAGUAGUUCGCAUCCAACCGUGCCGGCAAAUGAUGCAGAUCAACAUCGUCUCGACGAUAGCCUGGCUGACAUCGUGAUUGACGCGGUGGAAGAUGUCUUGUACUACGCUGAUGCCGCGUCGCGCUUGUGUCAUUAUCCGGGGCCGGAAGUGGUGUCGUCUCGCAAGGCGGAAAGGACUGCUUCGGUGAGCUCUUUCCAGAUUCUUGUGCCGUCGGGUGUGUCUCUCUUGGCGUCCGCUGCGCCCCUGAUCGACAUCGACGAACCCGACCGACCUGUCGAGCCCGCCAUUGUACGCGCCCGCAACGUCAUCGCGUGGGCGCUACCUUCUGGUGUGAGGAAUCCACUCUCCGCUCGGCUCAGGACUUAGGCGCGCGGAGCGAACCGGGCGCGGACUUAGGCGCGCGGAGUGAGCCGGGCGCCCCGGCCCAGGACUUAGGCGCGCGAAGCGAGCCUGGGACUUAG